UGUUUGUUUAUGUUAAAUAAAAGAUAAACAUGAGAAAAGAGUCGUAUCUUCACUUAAAAUCAUAGAAAUGCAUCUUGAACAAUCGGGUCCCACCUAGCGAGGACCCCUAAGAUGGCGGCCGUCGCGAUGCCUGUGCGCAGGAUGCAACGGAGGCACUUGUCCCGAACGAAGGACACGAGACAGUUACUAAUAAGCUCUGUCCCGAGACGCUUUCGAGUUACGUUGAGACUGAGGAUUCCCCAAUCUUCCACAAUGGACUUCACAUAGGAUGAACUGUUUCCAGUUUCAGCAAAACAGCAAGAAUUUAUGAAUGGAUGACUGCACCUUAGCACUCUUCACUCCCACUGCAUGCCUCACCUGGGCCACAGAGAAAACAAUGUUGCUGCCUGUACAUGGCACAUUUAACCUCUAACCUUACAGCUGAAUGUUCAGACUGAAUAUACAGAGGAGAACUGGUCCCCAGUGUUUUUGGUUAGUCUGGUUUCUCCAAAGGUUUUUUUUUACUCCAGUAUCGACAUCUUACAGUUUUUUCUUAAUUAACCCCUGUUGCCUUUGGCUUGCUUGCUGUAUGUAUGACGACUAAUGCAUUUAACACCAACUAUUAAAACAGUGAGGGUGUUUUUGACCACAUAGACACAAUAGUAUGUCUUUCUGUAAAAAUUAUUUGAAAAUGUUAUGCAUUUUGAAAAAUGUAUAAAUGUCUUACAUUGAUAGUGUGCAUAUUGCUUGAACAUUUAUAUGUAAAAAAAUUGUGUGGAAUUAUAUUAUAAUUGCAAGUUAUAAUUAACAAUUAUAAACUAGCUGCAUUUUUAGUCACUUUCAGUGCACAAACAGCCAUUAUUGCCUUACUAUUACUGAUUUGUAAUAGUACAAGUAACUGUUGUACUAUUUUAUGUACUGUGUUAUAUGAGUUAAAGUCAAUUACAAUUGUAAUUUCGUCAUCAUAAUGUGAUAAUUGCUGUAUGAUUUUCUUUGAAAACAAUAGCUUCUUAAAUAAUAUACAAUCAGCAAUUGCAAUACAUGAACUGCUUGUAAGCAAAACCAUAUAUAACAACAUAAGUAUACUUAUUACAAUAUUGAAAAUAAUGUAAAAAAUUACAUGAAUUAGGUAGUAAGUCAAAAUAAAUAAAAAUCAAAGUGUGUGUGUGUGUGUGAGAUGCUGCUAGUUUUAUGACAUUUAAAAAAACAUUUUGAUCAAUUACAUUCUGUAUGUUGCUUUUAUUAAAUUAUUUUAGCUUGAAACAACAAGCUACCGCAGCUCCGAUUAGCCAUGCAACAAGUUAUCGCGAUAACAACUUUUGAUCAGGCAUUUAAAACAGCUACCGCCUUGGUCCUAAGCGGACUCGAUUUCGCGGGGGGACUGGAUUUCUCACCACACCGGGCGUGCGGGGGCGGGGCCAAGAUGGCGUCGUGACAAGACGGUUUUACAGUAGCUCUUAAAAACUUUUGCUCAAAUCCCGGUUUUACUUUUAAACCUGUCAUGUUCAGAAAUUAUUUCGAAUAGCCGCACUUUAAUAGGCUUUUUUUUUUCUUUGCACAUAUUUUUGUUAAGCUUUUCAGACGCACCUUUUCUCUCCAAGCUAUAGCUAUCGAAGUGCUAGCACGUGCUUUUGCAACAAUUGAUGCACUGACUUGAGAAUAUGGAAGACCAAGAAGAAACUCAUCUUGCGAUGCAUAGUUAUGCUAGGAGAACUCUAAGCACUAAUAUGGAGACAGUUGCUGGACAGUCUGAUGGUUUCAUGCCUUUACCAGAUACACCUGAACCCAAUCCUGCCAAAAAAAGCAAACCGAGUUCUGAUAGUCCAGCGGUGAGUGAUACUAUGCUAAUGAGAUUUAUGCAGAGAAUGGAGGCCAUGCACGAAGAAACUUUGCGCCGAAUUCAAGGAGUUGAAAAGACGGUGAUUGAGAAUUCGAAUUCUAUUAAACAGAUAAUCAACUCUCUCGAAUUCCACGGUGAACAAGUGAAGUGUUUGAAUGAAAAAUCUAACGAGAUGCAAAAGAAAAUCGGAAAACUGGAGAAAGAAAAUGUUGAACUUCGUGAUAGGUGUAACGAUUUGGAUGCUUACAAGAGAAGAUGGAAUCUGCGUGUCGCUGGUAUUCCGGAGAAUUCAGGAGAGAACGUGAAGCGGAUCAUCAUCGACCUCUUUAGCCAGGUUUCCCCAAGUAUCGCUGCUGAUCUGCACUUCGGAAUUGACAUCGCUCAUCGACUGGGGCCUCGCUUUGCUGCAGAAAAGUCUUCCCGUCGCAUAAUUGUCCUUUUCUCAUCGCGUUCCCAGCGGGACACAGUUUGGAAAGACGCCAAAACAUCCAACUUGCUCAGGGAGAAGAAGAUUAAGGUCUUCGAGGAUCUCUCGCAGAAAGAUAAGGAUGCAAGGACUCUUCUGUGGCCGACAGUAGAGAGGGCGAGAAGGGAAGGGAAGAGGGCUGGCUUUCACGGUCCUUUCGCUGUCAUCGAGGGUAAAAGACUGUCUGCUAAAGAUUUAGCCAACAAAUCUACUUAGUAGCAUCGUUAACGUUUAUUCAUAUGCAACCGUUUAUUCAAUGAUUCACGUGCGAUCUGUUUAAGGUUU